UAUCAUAACAUCUACUCACUCGGGUUCGGCUUCAGAAAGAAAUACCUUCAGCUCAUUUUCAAGCCCUUCACACACCACACACUGUAAAUGGUACAAAACGCGUCUGGACGUGUGUUUGCUUUGUCCGCACAAUGGAUCGUGUUCGGUGUCGUUUUUGCAUCGCGUUGUUGAUAAUACUGAUCACCGUUAGAUUGGCACAUGUCUUAGCGGAACAGGAAGAGCUGGAAGAAAUUGUCCACCAGCCGCUACAUUGUGAGCGAAUCGAUAAUUCACAGUGGAGCCAAGCAGGUGGGAAUGAUUGGGGAUCAUUUCACGGUAGGAUAGGUGAGCGUGUGCUGCGCUGUGACUGUCACGACAGUGUCCGUUGGCGGCGCAGUAACGAGUACGGUGAAGAGCGGCCGAAAUUACGAACCUCAGCCUUUAUCCUGCCACCGUUCGAGGCAACCACCGUGGCCACCGAUAUUCUGAUCGUAAACUGCCAGCAACUGCUUGUACCGGCUGGUACGUUUCGCUCGAUCCGUGCUGGAUUCCUACCAAGAACGAUACGAUUUGUGAACAUUGAACAGUUGACGCUGGAGUCGUUUGCGUUCGAAAGCGGCAGUCAAACAAGCGGGCAACAGAAUGUUAAUCCACGCGAUCCCCAUCCAGUAUUCGGACCGAUCACUCUCAGCAUCGAACGCUGCCAGUUGGAAGAGCUUCCGGCCAAUGUGUUCCACGGAGCAGCAAUACGUUCCGUCUUGUUCAGUGCAUCUCAGGUUGGGGUGAUUCGAUCGUUAGCAAUCAGCACACGCUUUCAGCAGCUAAUCUUCUCCGACACUGUGAUUGGUCAGUUCUCUAGGCACGCUUUCAAGCGUGCUCAGAUGGAGCAGUUGCAUCUACACAAUGUAACAAUGACCGGGGCUUGGUCCUCCCAAGCCUGGCAAGGACUUAUCGUAAGCAAUGCGAUACAGAUAAGAGACUCCAACUUUCUGCAAACCAUUCAUCCUGCGGCUAUUACCGAGAGCAGUGCUGAUGAAUUGCUGCUGCAAAGAAAUGCUUUCAACGAGUCUAUCGCUGACGAGGCUUUCCAGUUGGAAAUUAAAAAUCGAAUACGAAUGAUCGACAACACGUUUGGUUUGCUGUCGUCUAACCUUUUCCGAGGUAUCAGGAUAUCGAACGAUUCAGCAUGGAACGCACAACCGAACAUUCUACUGGAGCGUAAUCGUAUCGACACAUUCACCCUUUCGAACGACGCGCAUACUUUUCUUGCCUUUCCACGCAAUUUCUCCGUAAAUCUGGAAGGUUUUCGUAUUGCGCAACUUGCAACAUGUGAAAGCACCAACAUAUCUUUCCCGGCAUGGCAAGAAAUUUAUUUUUUGCAACCCUUUGCCACGACAGCACGCGAUGAUCCAGAAUCGUACAUCUCCGUUGAGCAAUUCCGUGCCCGGGAGGGUUGUGAUUCGGAAGGACCAGAUAUGGUGGUGGUGAUCGUGUUGGCUACACUGUUAGGAGUCACCAUACUCGGUGCCGUGAUUGGGGGUCUCCUGUGUUGGAGACAUUAUCGCAAGCGACAGCGAAUGUUACUGCUGGAGCAAAAUUUAGUGCAACCCGUGCCCCGAACCUAUCGCGAAACACAGAUACUGCUAAAGCUCGAAACGGUCGGUACACUGAAGACGGAUUUUUAAUACCAAACACGUGAUAUAAAUAUCAAUUUGACCGGGUCAUUCGAAUAUGCGCGGUAAUGUAAGACUUAAGAAGAAAACCUGGUCGCGAUAUUAAGGGCACCAAACGGAUGUGAAACUACCAAAAACUACGCUUAUUUAUCAAGUAUACUCACAGCACCG